GUUCUGGGUUGGUCUGUUGACAACAGGGUCCAACAGCAGAUGAAAACCCGUCAAUGUGACGGAUGCGAGAAUGAGAUUUACGCAGCUGCACUAGUCUGCCCUAAAUGCGACUGCAGGCAGGCAGCCCUGAUCUCAUCACCGUCGAGAAUAUCGUGGUAUGCAUUAGGCCUCAGAUACUCACCUUGUGUCGUUACUGGAUAUCCAGUGCUGGCAUCGUCGAAAGUCGAAUGUGCCAAUUGUCGUGCUAUGGCUAACAGAGAUGAUUGGAAUGA